AUGUCGCAAUACGUCGCUGAAGCCAAGCAGAUUAUCAGAUCUCAUAAAUAUGUUAUGUUGACUGCCAACUGGUGCCCUGAUUGUGUCUACGCAAACUCCAUCUGGAGAAAGUAUGGCGUACUUAACAAAGUCAGCCAGUUUGAAGUGGGUGGUUACGACAGAGAUAAGCUAAACAAGUACAGAGAUGCAUUUGCAGAAGUUGCUGGAAUCAGAAACUUGCCAACAAUUUUUGUCGACGGCAAAGUUUGGGGCACUGAAGCUGAGUUGCACAAGUUUGAACGCGAAGGCACUCUGCUAGAAGAAUUGAAAAAGAUUGGAUUAAUUAAUUAG